CUAAUGUUGGGUAUCACCACUACAUAAAUAGAACGUACUCUUAUCUUCUCAAUCAACACAAUUGCCCAAUCCAACAAAGCAACAUGGGAGGUUUUGGUUCUUUAGGCAUACUUGUCCUUGCAAUUUUAGCAUACAUAGCCUCAACUCAAGCUCAGCUUCAGAUUGGCUUCUAUUCUCAAAGCUGUCCAAGAGCUGAGCAGAUUGUUCAAGAUUUUGUCAACCAGCAUAUUCAUAAUGCUCCAUCUCUUGCAGCUACUUUUAUCAGAAUGCACUUCCAUGAUUGUUUUGUCAGGGGUUGUGAUGCUUCUGUGCUUAUAAACUCAACAUCAAACAAUCAAGCUGAAAAAUCUGCAACUCCAAAUUUAACACUCAGAGGAUUUGAUUUCAUUGACAGAGUCAAGAGCUUGCUUGAAGCAGAGUGCCCUGGUGUGGUCUCUUGUGCUGAUACUAUUGCUCUGGUUGCCAGAGACUCCAUUGUAGCUACUGGUGGUCCUUCCUGGAAUGUUCCAACUGGAAGAAGAGAUGGAACAAUUUCAAAUUCUUCAGAGGCCCUGGCGAACAUCCCACCUCCGACCAGCAACUUCACCAAUCUCCAGAGACUAUUUGCUAAUGUGGGUCUGGACCUGAAAGACUUGGUGUUGCUUUCUGGUGCUCACACAAUUGGAAUAGCUCAUUGUCCAUCGUUUUCAAACCGCCUGUACAAUUUCACAGGAGUUGGAGAUCAGGAUCCUGCUCUUGAUAGCGAAUAUGCUGCAAAUCUCAAGGCAAGGAAGUGUACAACGCCUAAUGAUAAUACCACCAUUGUUGAGAUGGAUCCUGGAAGUAGAAAAACAUUUGAUCUUAGCUAUUACUCUAAUUUGCUCAAGAGAAGAGGACUUUUCCAAUCAGAUUCUGCAUUGACCACAAACUCUGCAACAUUGGCUACAAUCAACCAGCUUCUCAGUGGUUCACUGCAGAAUUUCUACUCUGAAUUUGCUGCGUCCAUGGAGAAAAUGGGUAGAAUCAAUGUCAAAACUGGCUCUGCUGGUGAGAUUAGGAAGCAAUGUGCAGUGAUCAAUAGUUGAAGGAUUUCAUUUGAUUUUUUUUUUGGUUGUUUGUUUACUGUUCUUGGUUUGAUUAUUAUCUAUGUUUAGAUUUCGUGAUUUGGUUGUGGAGAACAGCAGUAAUAAAAUUAUUUUAUUGUAUCAUUCAGUUUUAAUUCAAUGUUGAGAAGUUAAAUUAGUAAUAAUAUUUUAGUUUUGUGUUA